AUGAAGAGAUCUCGGGCCACGUCUCCACCGUCGAUCUCUGCCGCCGCGAAACAACAAAUUUCUCCUCCGGCCACGCCGAUUCUUAGACAGAAGCUACACAAAGCAGGAGUACCAAAGUGGUUCCCGUUGAAACUCACCCAGACAGAGCUCACUCUACCGUUAACUUUUCCGACGGGUCAAACAUUCCGGUGGAAGCAGACCGGAGCGAUUCAGUACAGCGGAUCGAUUGGGCCUCACCUCGUGUCUCUCCGACAGCGUCCAGGAGACGACACAGUAUCGUACUGCGUCCAUUGCGGCACUAGCCCUAAAGCCGCGGAGCUCGCGCUGCUCGAUUUUCUGAACGCCGAGAUCUCGCUAGCGGAGCUAUGGUCAGAUUUCUCGGAAAAGGAUCCUCGUUUCGGAGAGCUAGCGAAACACCUCCGUGGCGCGCGUGUGCUGAGGCAAGAUCCGCUCGAGUGCCUGAUACAGUUUUUGUGCUCAUCGAACAACAACAUCGCGAGGAUCACGAAGAUGGUGGAUUUCGUCUCGUCUUUGGGAUUGCAUUUGGGUGACAUUGACGGGUUCGAGUUUCAUCAGUUCCCAUCACUGGACCGGUUAUCUAGGGUUUCUGAGCAGGAGCUUAGAAAGGCUGGUUUUGGAUACAGAGCGAAAUACAUAACAGGAACAGUAAGUGCUUUGCAAUCAAAACCAGGUGGUGGCGAUGAAUGGCUUCUCUCGCUACGGAAAUUGGAACUCCAAGAUGCAGUUGCUGCUCUGUGUACAUUACCUGGCGUCGGUCCAAAGGUAGCAGCUUGCAUAGCUCUGUUUUCUCUUGACCAGCAUAGUGCCAUUCCCGUUGACACACAUGUCUGGCAGAUCGCCACAAGAUACCUACUUCCAGACCUUGCUGGUGCCAAGCUGACACAAAAACUCUGCAGCCGAGUGGCAGAAGCAUUUGUGAGUAAAUAUGGGGAAUAUGCUGGUUGGGCUCAGACACUGCUCUUCAUUGCAGAGUUACCCGCACAGAAAGCUCUCUUGCAGUCGUUUUCUCAGCCCAUCCAAUUGGAUAAGCCUGCGGAAAAGAAAACGGAGUGA